CUCACUAGUUUCUAUUGUACAACAAGAUUUAAAAGCAAAAGCCGUGGCGUUUUAUUUCUUGUUUUGGGCCAAACAGUCCUUCGCACCCUCAAAUUUCCCCACUUGACCCCUCCACAAUCUCCGCCGCACCACCGCAAUUAUCAACGUCCCGCCGCCAGCUGCGUCGCCGCAAAAGCCUACAAAAUACAAUAUUAAACAAAACCCUCUUCGUAGAAAAACGAGAAUUGAAACCGAUUAGAUUCGUAUGGGCAAUCCGAAGCAGAAGUGGACGUCGGAGGAGGAGGAGGCCCUCCGCGCCGGCGUGGCCAAGCACGGCGCCGGAAAGUGGAAGAACAUCCAGAAAGAUCCCGAGUUCAACCACCUGCUGUUUGCUCGCUCCAACAUUGAUCUCAAAGAUAAGUGGCGUAAUUUGAGUGUGGCAAGUGGCCUACUUCAGAAAGAUAAAUCAAAGUCAUUGAAGGCAAAGACAAGUUACACUGAUGUUCCUGCUACUCCCCUGCCUGUUGUUCAGACCUCUGCUACCCUCACUCCAUCGUCACAAGAUGCUUCAGUUGAUGUGGGUAUGUUAGAUUCUUCUAGGCCCGUACCUGAAGGAAACAAUGCUGCCAAGUACAAUGAGAUGAUAUAUGAGGCCUUAUCUACUCCUCUAGAGCCAAAUGGAUCAGAUUGUAGCACAAUUGCUUCGUAUAUUGAGCGAAGGAUGCUGGUGCCCGCAAACUUCAGAAGGUUGUUGAGUUCUAGAUUAAGACGACUUGUGCAACAAGACAAACUUGAAAAGGUUCAAAACUGCUACAAGAUUAAAACAGAUGCUCUGCCAUCAGACAACAGAAAUCUCGCCGGCAGACCGAACGAUGUGGGGCCCACGCUCGUUCACAGCUUUGGCCAUUCGGGAGAAAGUAUUGAUGAGGCUUCGGUUUCUGCUGCUUACAGAAUUGCAGAUGCCGAAAACAAAUCGUUUGUGGCUGCUGAAGCCGUUAAGGAGGCCGAGAGGGUUUCUAACAUGGCUGAAGAAAUGGAAUGCCUACUCCAGUUUGCUUCCUAUUGUUUUGAUCAAAACGCUAAGUACAUUUGUGUAAAUGGUAUUGAAGUAAUUGCUACUUUGGUAAAAUCUUUUGGUUUUCAAGAGCUGCCGAGUUGUUGCUAUGACGAGCUGAUGGGCCUUGCUGCUAGGCCGAGUUAUUGCUAUGAAGAGCUAAUGACCUCGUUGUUAGGCCGAGCUGUUGCUAGACCAAGCUGUUGCUAUGACGAGCUAAUAGGCCUCACUACUAGGCCGAGCUGUUGCUAUGACGAGCUAAUGGGCCUCACUGCUAGGCCGAGCUGUUUAACUGUUCUACUAAAUUUUGUACCCUCCAAGUCACUUGAAUUACUUUUGAACUUGUUAGAAUCUUCUAAACGCGCUAUUUUCAUCCUCAAAUUUUCCCAUCGCCGCAGCUCGUUGCCGCCAAAUUCUCAAUACUCCGCGCCGCGUGGAACGCUGAAAAAGGGUGGUGGAGAAAAGCGAAUAAUGGGGGCCGAGCAAAUGGACUGCAGACACUGGGACGAGGACUCGUACAGGGACGCCAUUUGGCAAGAAAGGGAAACCCUCUCCCGGACAGUUUUCCGGACCGUCUUCGCGCCAAACCCUAACCCUAACCCCAAUUUCGACCACAUCGUCACCGCCUCGAGCGAUGGGUGCAUCGCCUGUUACUCGAUCUCCUCUUGUCUCGAGAUGGGUUGUGGGAAUGCGAGGGGUCAGAAUUGGUUAGUGGCGGAACCACGUUUUACGACUCAAGGGCACGAUGGACCGACUUAUGAUGUUAAGUUUUAUGACGAUUCGUUAUUGCUGAGUUGCGGUGAUGAUGGUCGGAUUCGAGGAUGGAAAUGGAAAGAAAUACUAGAGAGCGAGGCACCUUUGCAAAGAAACAAGAUGAAGUCAUUGCUUGACUUGGUGAAUCCUCAACAUAAAGGUCCUUGGGGAGCACUCUCCCCAAUUCCAGAAAAUAAUGCUAUUGCAGUUGAUGCUAAGAGUGGGUCUAUAUAUAGUGCUGCUGGUGAUUCGUGUGCUUAUUGCUGGGAUGUGGAAAGCUGCAAGAUUAAGAUGGUUUUCAAAGGGCAUACCAACUAUUUACAUUGUGUUGUAUCCUGCAAAUUGAGCAAUCAGAAGAAAGUUGAUACUAGCAAGCCUUUGCGUAAACCAAGGUUUUCUUUCAAACUUCUUUGUUUAAGUUCUGUUAUUUCAGUUGCCUUUUCUUUGGUUGCAUUUCAGAUUGUCACUGGUUCAGAAGAUGGCACUGCUCGAAUAUGGGAUUGCAAAAGUGGGAAAUGCAUACAAGUAAUAAACCCAGUAAAGGAUGAGAAGAAUGCAUCUUUUCCUUGUGUCGGUUGCAUUGCUCUUGAUUCAAGUGAGAGCUGGUUGGUUUGUGGUAAAGGCCAGUCGUUAUCAGUUUGGAAUCUUCCUGCUCGAGAAUGCGUUUCGAGGGCCACAACUUGUGCUUCUGUCCAGGAUGUUAUAUUCGAUAAGAAUCAAAUUCUAGCUGUCGGAGCCGAACCAUUGCUUACACGAUUAAACAUGAAUGGAGAUAUUCUCUCACAGAUUCAAAUUGCUCCACAAUCUGCAUUUUCCAUUUCUUUGCAUCCUUCAGAUGUAACGGCUGUAUCAGGUUACGGAGCACUUGUGGACAUGAUUUCACCGUUUGGGAGCCACUUGUGUACAUUCCGGUGUAGGGGGCCGUAAGUUCAAGGACCUCAUCGUGUUUUGCAGCCUGUUAUUGUUGUUGCAAAGGAUUUUGUGCUGGAUAAUAUGUUAGUUGACUUACUUUUAUAUCAUUAAACUGUUUUUUAUGUAAUGAAAGGACUUUUAGCAUCAUUUUUUGGUCUUUUCUUUUCUAAGAAUAGAUUUUAUGUGAGUUGUUGUAGAAGAAAAUAACAUUUGAUUUUUGUGAUUGUUGUGAAUUUUAUAAAAGACGAAAAUGAAUGAAGUGAUGAGCUUCAUUACUGUCAAAAAUGGAAAUACA